CGUGACUCAGAUCGAGACCGCGGAUCUUCGUCGUGGGACGUCAACAUCCGUCGCACGACGCCCGAGGGAUUCGCCGUUCCUCUCAACGCACUCUCGCCCGAGGAUGUUUCGACGUGGAUAUUGAUCGGUUGCGUUACGUCUGCAAACCGGCUCACGUUGUUUCCGAUGUGGAUCGUAUCGGCCAUCGAUAAAGAAAACGCGUGUGUUACUUGUUGCUACAUUGUGUCUGCGAAGCCAGAGAAUUUCAGGCUAUCAUGGGAGACGCUAACAGACCCAUCGAAGGACAACAAAUUUGAUCGGUGAUUACCUAAAAAUAUGAAUGAAUGGAAACGAUGAUUGGUGAUCGUGUUAUGGAACGAGGUGAUAGAUACAGCUUCAUCGACAUCAACUUGUUAUCAGUGAUAAUUUUAGAAAUCAAUACGUAAACUGUCAUGUUUAAUCGAAUACAUUUACAGAAAAGCCAGAAUUUAACACUUUUGAUCAAUUAAAACAUAAAUUAUGAACAUGCGCGAAUUGUUGUGCACGAGGUUUCGAGCAUCGAAAUCAGAAGUCGUGAUGCCGAUAGGAAGAGUGCGGGUAUCGAUAGGUGCAAUCCUAUUACCGGUAGCGGUCCGCGACUCGAUUCCACGGUGAAAUCGGGCCAAACAGGCUAAGUUGAAUGUUAGAACAGUAGUAAGCAAGGAACGUACGUCACGAGCUUGACUCGCCACGUGACUGUUCGCAACUGGCUACGUUUUUACGUCUUUUCAGGACAUUUGCGCUCGGCUCUCGCGGAACCGCCUCCUUCUUCCGAAUGAUCUAAUCGCGUCGACUCGUUGCGAGUGCAUUCGUUCUGUCACUUUCGUGCGUCAUACUAUAGUUUUUGCUAAUAUCACGCAGUCAUGGACAUCGAUCAACGCGACUUCGCUCACAUUUUCGAGCGACGAUACGAUGUCGAUCGCGUCGUUUAAUGCGAAUCACACCGAACGAAGAUAUAGUUACGCGGUGACGACCGUGUUAUUAAACUGCACGAAGAGAUCGCCCGCAAGAAUUCAGGUUUCUACGUCAUCGAUCAGCGAAACCGGUGGAAAGUCAGAGACUUUAAUGCCCGCAGAGACGCGCGCCGCGGGAUCGUUUUACGUCUGGUUUUAAAGUUGCGUUCACGUACACGUGAAGCGAUUUCGUUCCAGUCGCUUGUUGACUGAAAGUCGAUCGUUUCGUCGACGAAUCUUACUACCUCCGGUAAAUUUGGGUUCAGAAUAUAUUUAAACACAGGCCAAAAGAGUGUAAACUUUAUAAUCAUCUUAAUUAAACCACAAACCGAGCUUCGAUCAAGCUGCAAAGAAACAUAAUUCCUGCGUAUCACUCCACAAUAAGACACUCGAACGAGGAUUUUUAACGAAUUCCAAAUAAUCGUUAAUUCCAUCUCCGCGACCAUCGAGUCGAAAUCUUUAAACACCUGUUCACGAUCGGAAUUCGCGAAGUUUCUCGUUUCGUAUACAAGUACUCGGCAGCAGGUAUUCCUGCUCGAUUCAGCGACCGAUCAUCCAGAGGAAAAAGAGGGUCAGGCUGGUUUGGAAAAUUGGGUGUGCUCUGGCCGGGGUCCUGUUUAGCGGUGAGCGGCACCGUUAUCGGGUACAGGCGAUUUAUCAGCCCAUUGUCUUGGAGCGGGGUGAACGCGAACUCGAUUAUCGGGAUUCGCCAAAUCUGGUGGCUUUAACAAACAUAAACGCAGAUGUAUGCGCGAAGAGGAAACAAGCUCGUAUAGAAGAAAGUGAUUAAUGGGAGGAAGUCUCAACGAGUAUAACUCUGAUAAAAUGUCAACGAAGCGAUGUUCAUAGGAGAAGAUCGAUUCGAAUGGAAAGUGAUUAAUAGACCUGGAAUCGUGUCGCAGAUUGAAACCGUGGGAGGAAACUCUCGAUCAUCGAUGACAAUCUAAUUAGUUUCCUUUUAAGAAUGUUUAAUAGCAGCGCUGUCUAUUAAAAUAAUUUUAUAAAUCAUCAUUGAAAAAAACACAUCCUGAUCAGAUGUAUCUAUUUAAUCGUCAAAACGAAUCGUCGAACAAACGAUCACGUGAAUAGAAAAGGGAAUUGGGCACCGAAGGAAGGCUCUAUGAACGUGCGUCCGUACUCACUGGAUGAGUGGAGGUGCCUCGUUGCCACCUCUUGGCAACCGACGCAAAUUGUCCCGUCGAAGACGAGACCCGACUGUCCGCGAAUUCUGGUGAUCGUGACCGAGGAAGCAUCUGUGCCGGGAAAAGUGGCUCAUCAUGUCCGUGCUGGAAGCUGGUGAAGCCGACAGGUCGACGAUGUCACCGCUGGACGAAGUCGUGUCCCCGACGAGCGUCGAGUCGGAACUGAUGGUUACCGACAUGUUGGACGAGCAUGAGACCACGCUGAACGAACAUAGAGACGGCAAGCGUAAGAGAGACACAGACGGCGAGGAGCUCACACCCAGGAAAUUGCCCUCACUCACCAGGAACAACAACGACGUGGGCUUUGUCCUCGAGGAGAGCGCCGACGAUGAUCUCCACGAGGACAGGGAUGAUGACCGAUUAACUGGUCACGGGGGUAUUUCCUCGCUGGGCGGUGGAAAUUCUUCGCCGUAUUCCGGCGCUCAUCACCACGGUCACAGAGGCAAUGGAAACGGCAGUGGGAUGCCCCAUCACGGGGGCGCAUCGUUACCUACCGCCUCCGACUUUCAACCACCGUACUUUCCACCCCCGUUCCCUUCGCAUCAUCAUGCGCCGGCGAGCCCUCAACAUCCGGGUCUUGGCCAGCCACAACAUCUCGAUUACCUCGUCGGCGAUCCAUACACGCAGACGCUCAACACGUUGCAUCAACAUCACUAUAAUCACUUGAGUGCCGCUGUCACGGCUGGCCAGAGGAGUGGUGAUCUCAGGAGGGACGCAGAGGGCAUUCAUGUGACAAAUAUGCAUGCGUCGUUUCCGUACGACGGUGGGCGCAGUAGUGGCGGAGGUGGUGGCGGCGGAGGUGGCGGUGGCGGUGGCGGNNGCGGUGGAAGGGGCGUCGAAUAUGGCGCUGUUCGCCGUCCUGACGCCCUUCUACCACCCCCAGGUCUCGACCAAACCGACCUCGUUCUCCACAGCAGCCUCGUAGACGACCCCCAGGUGAGCGACGAUAACACAAAUGUAGACGAUGGAGGGUUCAUGAACGACCUGCCUCUCCUAAAAAACAUGAAACCAUCGGACAGGAGUGAGAAGGCGAUGCUAAGUGGGAACGCGCAGCCUUCGGACGUGUUCUGUUCGGUUCCAGGACGAUUAUCGUUACUAAGCAGCACCAGCAAGUACAAAGUUACGGUAGCCGAGGUACAAAGACGACUAUCGCCACCGGAAUGCUUAAACGCGAGCCUCCUCGGUGGAGUCUUACGGAGAGCAAAGUCCAAAAACGGCGGACGUCUGCUUAGGGAAAAAUUGGAAAAAAUUGGGCUAAAUUUGCCAGCAGGAAGAAGGAAGGCCGCCAAUGUCACACUUUUAACAUCCUUAGUGGAAGGAGAAGCCAUUCACCUUGCCAGAGACUUCGGCUAUGUCUGCGAAACCGAAUUCCCUGCGAAACAAGUUGCCGAAUACCUCAGUCGGCAGCAUUGUGAACCACAAGAUUCCUACAGGAGAAAAGAACUUCUUCAUGCCACCAAACAAAUCACCAAAGAGCUGAUGGAUCUUCUCAAUCAAGACAGAUCGCCACUUUGCAAUACACGGCCGCAACAUAUCCUCGACCCAAGCAUACAGAGACACCUAACACAUUUCUCUCUCAUAUCACACGGAUUCGGAAGUCCUGCAAUUGUAGCCGCUCUUACGGCAAUACAGAAGUUCCUAAGCGAGUCCCUGAAUCACCUUGAGAAGAUGUACCCAGGCAACGGGAGCGGCGUGACAAGUAGUCAGCAAUCGAACCUCGACACGAAUAAGAGCAAGGACGGCACGUUGAUGAACGACAUGAAGAAGUGACGCCCAGAGGACCCGCCUACCUCGAAUGUGGUCACUUCAAUCAGGCACUCCUGGCCGUACAACUGAGUUUUCGCGAGUUUUGCUAAUCGCGAACAGCUUCUGGUGGACCACUGAAACGACACGUAUGUCCGCGCAGCCACGAGCUCCAUUGUAUAAUGAAGAAAAAAAAAGAAAAGAGAGAAAAAUAAACAUGAAGAGAAACGAAGAGAAUGGACGAGAAAGGAGGCCUACUCGAAGAAAUAUUGGCGCGAUACGUGCGGAUAUCCGUGUUCGCCGAGGUUGGCUGGUCGAAAGUGUACUAGAUAAAUGAAUGACGAGACGUCACAAGAAAUGUGCAAUCGUGGACCUCAGACAGGGUUCAUCGAAGAUCUGGUCGAGUCAAAAUGACCGGCAAUGAGAUAUAAACAAGACACUAUACUUCAUUUAUCCUCGGUUUAACGGAAAGAACACAGUCGGCGUACUUGUAUAUCGUUUCGAAGAAACAUCAAGGAUCUUUGAUUCGCGGAUCGAUCCGCGAUUACGUUCGUUACAACAAGGAUCUGCUCGAGUAAAAUAUAGGAAUUGUAAUGAAAUGUAAUUACCGUUUAUUCUUUCACUGCCUGCUCAGUCUUGAAACGCAUCUGUGUCAAACGAGAAAGAACGUAUCGAUCGAUUCGACGGGAUCCGCGAUCAUCAUGAUAUAGAGUUGAAACUUUUAUUACGUCUUCCCCGUUUAUUUUCAUAGGUUCUCUCUCGUGUGCGAUCGCACAUCAAACGGUUCGAAGAUAUUUAUACGCAUUACGAUUACUUGUGAUAGCUUUAGUGAUAGUUGAAACGUUUGUGCAAUCGUUACGACUUAUUCUCGCUCAGAUCUUUACAAAUUUCGCAUUUUAUCGAUAGAAUACAGUCUAAUGGAAUGAUUAAAAAUUCCAAAUAAAACAAAAUAUAAUGUGAAAUGUACAGAUUCAGAUGAUGGCUAGAAAUUCAUUUUCAAUUCCAGAUAAAAAAAUUUAUUUAAAGAAGGCAAAUCUAUUUAAAAAAAAAUACACAAAAAUAUAUCCGGACUAAUUGAAUUUGGAUGUCUACGCCUGCGUCCACUGUUACGACUCGAUCGAUACGACGAAUCGAUCGAUAAUCAAAAGCACACACAGAGGUACGACAAAAAAGAAAGAAGCGCAGUUCACAGCAAACUUUUAUUUCUCUCCGUAUAAUUUUUGGGUCGACUAUUUAUAUUGCUCAAGCAUAACUAUUCUUUGCUCAUUACCGAGCGCCCGACAUACGCGCAGUAUCGAUCAUGACGCUGUUACGUAAGCAUUAAUAUUGUCAGCGUAGUGAUAUAUCGCUCUCUAUACCGCGUACAACUUACAAUUUUAUGUCUGCGACUGUAAAUCCACUUGCAAAAGUUUUAUGGACCACCUUUAUAUCGACUGACUGAGUCUACCGCAUAGACAACUCAACUUCAUUUAUAUCUAAACAUGCUAUAUGCAAAAGCAUAUUCAUGGUCCUUACAAGUUUCCUUAUAAACGUACAUUCACCUUAUGAUUCGGGCGUCCUUUAUGGGAUUUCUUAUCGCUUAAUUUCUUCGUUUAUCGUAAAAGAAACCAAUUUAUCGUACAAUUACUGUACUACAUUCCACAAAUGUAGUACAAAAAAUAUAUUUAACUCGGAAAUUAAAAUUAUGGACUCAGCCACGAAAUUUUUUGACGUUAUCGUCUACUUUUCAUCUCUUGUCCUGGUCCUCUCGUUAGAAUCUCUACGACGAUUUUCCACGAGAGUAUGGAAACGUAUGAUGUGGAUCAUUUCAUGCGAGACUAGACAAAGAUGUUAAAGGAGCGAAUAAGGAAAAAGAUGAAAAUUCACGCGGUGAGAACAUGCAACAGCCGUCUGAGGCUAAAAAAGUAUUAAUUUAAAGUCGUUAUCUACUGCUUUAGUAACCGAUCACGUUUUGUUUAAAUCAAAAUAUGGACACGAAAAUGGUUGAAUCAUCGUUCGCUGCAGUUGCCUAUUUAUCGCGGUAAUCGCCGAUUGUUAUUCGCAUACAAGACGAUAACACUGUUUUCGAACGAUUUCUUGGUAGUCAAUUAGGGAUUUAUGAUACGAGAUAGUUUUCUAUUGAACGCGUAUUAAGAGCUACUUUUAUUCCAUACUCGAAUUUUUAAUCAAGAUCCAUUCCAAUUCAUCCACGUAAUAAAAGAUUUUCUUCUUGAAUAGCUAGUUGGAGGUAUACCGUGCGAACUUCGCUCUCCAAGUAUUUCUAUUAAUAUUUCGAUCAGCUAUACAUAAUUUCACACGAAAACCCUUUUAUGAUCUCUUAACACGAUGAUCCCUAUUUAACGUUGCAAUUUUCGGACGAUGUUUCGAUGCUUCGUUAUUGCGCUCGAUCGAUCCACUUCGCGUACUUGCUACGUAAUAACACGUAACUUUCAUAGAUUUGUAGCAUAAAUCUCCAUCAAUCUCUGUAAUUGAUACGACGGAUAGAUCGAAUAAACGAGUAACGUAUAUAGUAUAUAUACUUUCAAAAGAAUUGUUAAACGACGUCGAACAAUUUACAUUCAUUCGACGAUUGGGAUAUACGUUUCAAUCGGUUGUUUGUUUCUAACUUGUACGUAUUUAGAAAAAUUGAUGCUGCGAAACCGAAUUUAGCGAUUUCCAGUAACGAGUGUAUCAAUCAUCGGUAAUUCGACUACGUAUUUUGCUCCUUGUUACAACUGCUCUACGAAUUUCGUUUAGGAAACACGGAACAAGGCUUGGGCGUGUGCGAUCGUCGGUGCCGAAAAAUUUAAAAAAAAGAACAAAAAGUCUAAGGAUCAUUUCCGAGGAUCAUUUUCAUCGUGCCAAUGCGAAAGUUGCCAUUUGAGAUGUGCCAAUUAACGAUAUCGAGUUUAGAAACGUAAGAACCAGCGACUAGAAGCGAGCAGCCGAAGAUACCGAACGAAUGCCGGAAGAUCACCGUUUAAGUUUCUACGAAACGCAUUUCGAACUCUCGUUUCGUAGAAGUUACAAAUGAAAGGAUCGUAGUAAAGGAACGAUCUCGAUUGUUGAUAUAAUGAUAUCGAAAGUAUUGGAAAAGUUUCGUGCAUGAAGUGAAAGAAAUCGGGCAAGCAAACGCGGAGUAGAAGCACGAGAGAUUGCGUUGAAGUACAAUACCAGGUGAACCUGAGACAUAUCUAACUUUGUAAUUAAAUCUUAAGCGUAUGUAAAUGUAAGAUUAAGAAACCUGAUCAAAUGUCUCGCGUUCCGGGAUAAUAUGUACAGAGUAUUUGAAUCUUUCUUGUGAUAUAAUCAUAAUAUUACUAAGACAUAAACGGAUAACGCAAAGCAAAAACGAAAGGCGAAAAAAA